CGACAAUUCCCUCUCCCUCUCGCUCUCUGCCUGCUCUCGGUGCUCCCGCUCCCGCUCGCUGCUCGUUCGCCCCGAUCGACCUCGUCCUCCCCCUCACAUCCUAUUCUCAAUCGACCCAUCCAUCUCGACGAAGAAGGGCUCUUCUUUCAGGACUCCUCACCACCACCUCACCCUCAAGACACUCAAAAGACACAAAAGAGAGAUAGUGAUUCAAGAUGGUCAACCUCAGGAUCCAGAAGCGAUUGGCCGCCGACAUCGCCGGCGUCGGCAAGAGGAAGGUCUGGCUCGACCCCCAGGAGGCCACCGAGAUUAGCAACGCCAACUCCCGAUCCGGCGUCCGAAAGCUCCUCAAGGAUGGACACAUCAUUGUCAAGCCUACCGUCAUCCACUCCCGUGCUAGGGUCAGGGACAUGCAGGCUGCCAAGAGGAAGGGAAGGCACACGGGGACGGGUAAGAGGAAGGGUACGGCCGAGGCGAGGAUGCCUACCAAGGUCAUGUGGUUGCGAAGGAUGAGGGUCCUCAGGAGGCUCUUGAGGAAGUACAGGGAGGCUGGCAAGAUUGACAAGCACAUGUACCACUCGCUCUACCUCAAGGCCAAGGGUAACACCUUCAAGAACAAGCGAGUCUUGAUGGAGCACAUCCACAAGGCCAAGGCCGAAAAGACCCGAACCAAGAACUUGGCCGAGCAGAUGGAGGCCAGGCGUGUCAAGAACAAGGCGUUGAGGGAGAGGAGGGCCGCCAGGUUGGCCGAGAAGAGGGCUGGCUUGCACGCCGUCGAGCUCGAGGAGGUCAAGGAGUAAACGUUCCCUUUUCAACCCUGAAAACGUCUAUACUUUCCUUUUUCCUCUUUCGCCCAGGUUCGGAGCGCGUCUCAUACGACUCCCUUGUGCGACGCGCGCGACGGACCACGACCCCUUCCCUUUUUCUACGUGUAAUACAUGGCUCGAAUGUGUGUCGAGUACGCUUGGAUUCACGAGUCAUUAUUCUCCGACCCACCACACCGUUUCUCUGUACUGGUUUGAUUCUGAGUCGUUUGGUCUGGCGUUGCGUUGCAUGGUUAUGGGUCAUGGGUCACUGGUCUCGGGCGUUUGCGUGCGGUGCUUUGCUUUGUGCAGCUCAGGGUGCGGGCUCCGGUAUUGGCGGUUCUGGA